AUGGCGCUCUCAGGUGGCCGCUGCAGGGGGACCAUCGCGUCCUGCGACAGCCUCUUCGCCCGCCUGCUGGGCUUCGCGUGUGCGGACGACGUGGCCGGGCAGCGCGCCACGGAGCUGAUCCCCUCGCUGCAGCUCCCCCCGCCCGGCGGGGCCCUCCCCCAGAGCCUCAGGAUCCAGAGGUCUGUGGGGAGAGCCACGGACGGCACCACCUUCCCCCUGAGCCUGAAGCUGAAGCCCGCGUCCAGCGGGGGCGCGGCCGGGAGGGGCGCGCCCCCGGGCGGCUACUCGGCCUCCGUCUGGGUGUUCUCCACCAUCAGCGGCCUCAUCACCCUCCUCCCCGACGGCACCAUCUACGGCAUCAACCACAGCUUCGCGCUGAUGCUGUUUGGCUACGGGCAGACCGAGCUCCUGGGCAAGAACAUCACCUUCCUGAUCCCCGGCUUCUACCGCUGCAUGGACUUCAGCUACGACAGCUCCCUGGCCCUCCCGGACCUGGCCAGCUGCCUGGACACUGGGGACCAGGGUGUGCCAGAGGACAGGGCUGCCCACCCCCUGCCCGGCUGGGGGCCUGCUGAGAGCGUCCAGGAUCAGCCCCCAACGGAGACCCCGCGGCCCGUGGGGAGCCGGGCCCACGCCGACCCUGGCAGCCACCCGGACGCCCUCCCGUCCGCACCCACGCAGGGGUGAGUG